UCAGGCUGGGAGAGAAAACAGAAGGGUCCCUGUGCGCAGUGGGCAAUGCGCCUCCUGGCCGUGGCCCUGGCCGCCCUGCUGGCCCAAGCGCCCACCCCAGAUGUUUGCAAGGCUCUGAAUGUGACAGUCUCGCCAGGACCGAUAGUGCGAUACGCCGAGGGAGACAAUGCUACCCUUUAUUGUCACGUUUCUCAAAAGAGACGGACAGACAACUUACUGGCUGUCCGAUGGGUUUUUGCCCUCUCACCCACACAGGAGUAUCUGAUGAUCAAAAUGACUAAAUUUGGAAUUGUCCAGUACUAUGGAAAUUACACCCACCACUUCCACAAGCAAAGACUUCGCCUUCUCCAAGAGAGACAUGGAACAAUGUACAAAUUCCUAAUUCUGAAUCUGCGGCCAACGGAUCAAGGCCAUUAUAUAUGCAAAGUCCAGGAAAUUGGCAAGCACAGGAAUAAGUGGACUGCAUGGUCAAAUGGCACAGCAGCUACUGAAGUAAAAGUGAUUUCAUCGAAAGCUUCAGAAGAUCCUACUUUUGAGAAAACCCAUGAGGCCUGGAAGUUUUUUGAAGACCUGUACGUAUAUGCAGUUUUUGUGUGCUCCAUCGGCAUCAUCAGUGUCCUCCUUUUUACCCUUGUCAUUCUCUGCCAGUCACUGCUGAACAAGAAAAGAUCCAGAGUGAAGCAUUAUCUGGUGAAAAAUCCCCAGAACAGUUCGGGGGAGACGGUCACUAGCGUGACAAGUCUGUCCCCGCUACAACCCAAAAAAGUAAAGAAAAAGAAAGAGAAGGCUGAGCAACCCCCAGCUAUUCCAGCGAAAGCUCCAAUAGCCAAUACUUUUCAGAAACCUAAGCUGUUGAAACCUCAAAGAAAAAUUCUCCUGCCAAAAAUUGCAGAGGAGAAUUUAACGUAUGCCGAACUUGAGCUGAUCAAGCCCCAUCAGGCAGCGAAAGGUGUGCCCACCACAACGGUCUACGCCCAGAUCCUGUUUGAGGAGAACAAGCUGUAAAAGCUGGUGUCUGGCUAAAUGUUCUUUGGCUGUGUUCUAUUUAAUUCUUGCUGUGCUGUUUAUUUAUAAAAAUCAUACAAAUGUCCUUAUUUUUUUACUUCCAUUCAUGCACUUCUAUAUUUUUAUGAGACUUUUUAAAAAACUGUAGUUGAAAGGAAAUGUAGCAAGCGUAAACUGACAAACCAUUGCCCCAGGACCCCUUUUUGUAGCACUCAGCAGCACCCUGGGUCAUUUGCAAUGUUAUUUCCACUUCCAUGCAAAUCUGAGAUCUGAACACAAAAGAGCCCAGGUUAGAUAGAGAUGGCCAUAGUCAUGCAAGCCCAGAAGCUGCAGUGAUUGGAUCCACUGUGGCAAGCCUGAUGCCCAAGGCAAGAGUCAAGCUGGUGAGGAAUUUUUCUGUGAAAAAAUCAGAAAAUGCCAAUUUAUCAAAACCGAAACUUUGCCCAGGAAAGAAUUGGGUUUAAUGAAUUUUUCAAUUAAAAAGAGAAAUUUCUUUUCAAGUUUUGAAAUUGUCAGAACUUUUUAUUUUGAUAUUUUCUAACUAAAAAAUUCCGAUUCAAAACUACUCUUUGUUUUGAAAUUGAAGCUAAUGAUAGUUGAAAAAAUAAAGAAUUAAAGAUGGUCAGCAUUGAAAAAAAAUGUUUUGAGAUUAUUGAAACAAACCAUUUCAAUUGACCCGAACCAAUUUCCAGCCCCCUGCCCUCCAUUUGUGAGGAUUUUGACUUAUGCAGAUUUAGGAUGGGAUUUUUGUUUUUAUUUAUUUAUUUUUUAAAUAUAUAUCUUGAAAAGCAUAGGGAAAGGAAAGCUGAUUUCCAUCCAUGUCUAGGCAAAAAAAAAAAAACCUCACCCACCCACUUCACCCUCUACAAAUCUGCACAGACCAGGGCUGGAGACUUAGGGAGUUGAGCCUAGAGCCCCCUAACAUGUUGUGAGUUGGGCCCAGGAUGUUAAGACAUCUCACUUCUUCCUGCUGUCUGAAUUGCUCAGCGUGGAUCCCCCUUCUCCACCGGCCUUUGGUUUAAAAGAAGGUGCUGAGCCCCAGGACCUCUCUUUUUCCGAUCUCUGGCAAACGUGCACAACAGAGCGCUCCACCAGGGAGGAGACAUGGGCUAGGAUUUUCGAAAGAACAUGAGAGUGUUAAGCCCAGCACCCAUUGCAGGCCAGGGGGAGUUGGGCUUCCUUCUGCCUCUUUGGGUCAUGGCCUGUAUGCAAUUAGCCUCUGGGUGGGGACACCAAAGCCAAGAUUUUCAAAAAGUUAGGCCCCUACAUCCACUUUUAGGCUCCCGAGACCCUUGUUUUUGGUGUGCGGAGCCCUCAGCAGUUCUCUCUGACAUCAGCAGGAGCUGUUGAGGGCUCAGCACUUUUGAAAAUCAGACUCCUUAUUGAGACUCCUACAUAUGGACUUUGGAGCAGCACUUUUUGGCCCUUAUUUUUUGAAAAUCUCGACCGGCUUGGCCAAAGCUGCAUCCUCACGGGCUGGUUGGGCCUUUUUGAUGACAUCACAACCAGGCACCAGUGCCCAACGGUGCACUGCUGGGACCCCACCUUUGAAAUGGUCAGACACUACCCUGCAACCAGUGUGCCAAGUGCAGAGGAAGAGGGGAGGACACAGAUAACAAGGUCAGAGGUAUUUGCAGGGAUGGGGCAGCUGUAGAAGAAGAGGGAAGGAAGGGUGACAAGUGAAGGAGAAACACCCCCUUUAGCUCAAAAACUACCCCCUCUGAAGUGCAACACUUCUCAUCCCCCUUUAUUUCCCAACCCAACCUGGUUGUGAAACCUCUCUCAGGUCCUGUCCCCCCAGAUUCCUAACCUCUGGCCCAGGCUCAGCUACAGCACUUAACUAGAGUCUCCCAAGGGAGGCUGAGAUGCAAGGUGUGGGUUUGGUUCUAUCCCUAUGCAAUCCGGAUCGGUUCCAACCGGUUAACAUGUACAUUGUAGCUGCUGAAAUCCAGCUACAGGCCGAAGUUCAAGGACUGGGAAUGGGCACUAGCCAUUUUAGAAUAACAGUUUCACAUUGUAAAAGCAGCAAAGAAUCCUGUGGCACCUUAUAGACUAACAGAUGUUUUGG